AUGGAGUGGCCUGCUCGGUCCAGCUCGGUCCAGCUCUGUCCAGCUCUGCAUCUGCACCGCGGGGUCAGUGGUUCAGUUCCCCGGUCAUCCAUCUGCGUCGCGCUCCCAAAACGAUCUGCUGUGUUUGAUGUCGGAGAAAACAUCUCAUUCGCGGCAAACGUCAAACGUGUCCCUGCGGCGAGUGGACUUUGUCACCGGAUCAACGAGGAGACAUUAUCACUGUGUGUUUGUCCAGAGGGAGAGGGAGGGAGAGGGAGAGGGAGGGAGAGGGAGGGGGAGGGAGAGGGAGGGGGAGGGAGGGGGAGAGAGAGGGCGAGAGAGGGAGGGGGAGGGAGAGAGAGGGAGGGGGAGGGAGGGAGAAUCCCUCUUGCGCAGACAGAGCACACAGAGCACAGAGACCACAAAGAGCAGACAGAGCACACAGAGAAGACAGAGCACACAGAGCAGACAGAGCAGACACAGAGCACACAGAGCAGACACAGAGCAGACACAGAGCACACAGAGCAGACACAGAGCAGACACAGAGCAGACACAGAGCACACACAGAGCAGACACAGAGCACACAGAGCAGACACAGAGCACACAGAGCAGACACAGAGCACACAGAGCUCCUCCGUGAGCCUCAGUCUAAGAUGUAAAGUGCAUUAA